ACACAGCGGAAGGAGUGUUGGACAAGGCUAGCAGCAAGCUAGCUUAUUUUAGCCUUCAUUCUCUUAUUUGUGUGUGUCGUAUCAUAUGCAGAGAGAUGUGGUUUAUUUAUUUACUGAGCUGGCUGUCGCUGGUCGUCCAGAUAUCUUUCGUCACACUAUCGAUAGCGGCUGGCCUGUAUUACUUGGCUGAGCUAAUAGAAGAGUACACAGUAGUAACAAGUCGAAUAAUAAAGUACAUGAUCUUGUUCUCCACAGGUGUGCUGCUGGGUCUCUAUGUUUUUGAAGGCUUCCCUCUGUUAAUGGUGGUAGUCGGCCUCUUUACAAACCUGGUGUAUUUUGGCCUCCUGCGAACCUUUCCCUACAUACUGCUGAGCUCCCCCAACUUCAUCCUCUCCUGUGUGUUAGUGGUGGCGAACCAUUACAUGGCCUUCCAAUACUUUGCACAAGAAUAUUACCCAUUUUCAGAGGUGCUGUCAUACUUCACCAUCUGCCUCUGGGUCAUCCCCUUUGCCUUCUUUGUGUCACUAUCAGCAGGAGAAAAUGUGCUUCCAUCCACCAUGCAGCAAGGAGAUGAUGUGGUGUCUAAUUAUUUCACCAAGGGAAAACGAGGCAAGAGGUCCGGGAUCCUUCUUGUAUUCUCCUUCCUAAAGGAGGCGGUACUUCCCAGUCGACAGAAAAUGUACUGAAGGACUCGGGGGUGCAGACUCUGGGCUGGGGACGAGUCGGUGUGAUGAGAAGUUGGACAUGGAAUGGUAAUGCAGGAAGGACGGCGGACAGUUUUUUGGUGGAAUUGACUAAAAGCAAAGCAGCAGCCAAAACAACAAGGGGGGGAAACGCACAAAAAGGACGGACCAACGAACAGACUGGAUGAUUGAGUUUACAAAAGCCACGUUCAUCUUUGGGUUUGUUCCAACUGCCAACAACAUCUACAGUCCUGACAGUAGCGCAGUGAUUUUUGUAUCAUCACAAUAAUUUUUUAAGCUUUAGUAUUGAGGCAAUGUAUGUGUGAUUUGAAACAAUAACUGACAAACUGAAAAUGUUGGCUGGGAUGGAUAAAUCAUUGUUGGAUUUCCUCUUAAAGAUUUCUUCUGUUGUUUUUGCGUUUGUCUGAUUACGUGUUUAAGGUAGCAGAAAAGCCAUGUAGGAGGGAUAAAAAUGCUUCCAUUUAAUGAGGGGUAGAUUACAGAGAGCCAACGUGCGGAAAGCGAAAAUCCUUAAAUGAAUCACUUUGAAGGAGGAGUUUAAAGUCUGUUAAGAUGGAUAUGGUGAGUUUGGUUGGUGGUAAGUGUACUUCUUUUAAAUCUGGUGAAAGAAACUUAUUUUAUGUCUUAAUUUCAGUGCGUUCCGUUGCUCUGGAUCAGUUAAACCUGUUGUCGGUCAUUUUUCUGCUCUGCCAUUUCCCAUCUUAGUUUUGUUUUGAACACUUGAAGGCAGCGUCUGAAACAUUAACCAAUAUCUCACACUCUUUAGGGAAGUCUCAAACCGUCAUUACUCAGAACAUGCACAGAUACUUGCCUUCUUUUGGGAUGUUUUGGACUCAUAAUUUGCAUUUCUUUUCCAAUAGGAAUCCAUUCUUACCCCUAGAGUGUUUCGUUUUACAAAUUUAGGGAGUUUGUUUCCAUCACGUUUUAUUUGUUGUAAGGUGCGUUUAUGUGACUCAAAAGACCUUUAUCUACUGGCAGAAGGGUUGCUUCUAGUUAUUCUUGAUAAUAAUAUCAAUUGUUAUAAGAGUCUAGUAGCUUACUUAAAACUUUUAAAUUCUUUCCUAAUGAAUAUAAACUGCUACUCGGAGGUUAAGCAGGUUACAGCGAAAUGGCAACACUCUAUGAAUCUGGUCUCAAUGCUACGAUUCGCUUUAACUCUUUCACCACUCAAUAGCGCUGACUGGUGGCUACCUCCCUCUCUUAAUCUUUAACUGUCAACGUUUUUUUUUUUGUAUCUAAGGUUAAAUAUGACAUGACAGACAAAUGUAAAAACUUAAGAUCAAACCUGUGAAAUGAUGUUUGUAGGGUGAAAGAUGCCGGGAGAUGAAAGCUGCACAGUUUAGCUUUAUGACGGCAACACUACAGCAGAUGAGAAUGUUCGCAGGAUUCAUCAUAGGUUGCUAUGCACACAGCUGUGAAAUAAAAACUUUUAUGGAAAAUAACAUUUGGAUUUAGCUGUUGAUGUUUGAAUGAAACGAGGGGUUAGAAAAUAUUCAGAUUAUUUGAGGUGACCGGGCCUCAGGGGGAGCACCAGGUUCAUGGUGGUGUGCCCUCUGACCCUGUCUGAGGUGUGAAAUGCUUCAUGAAGUAAAGGAGGAAGAUGACCACACCAAACGCCUUCAGCCGACAGGCUGUGACUUAAGGUUUGGAUCCAGAAGACUUCACCUGAGUCCUGGUUCACAUCCCUGCGGCGGCUCAGUGGAGGCGCACACAUCUGUGACAGGUGACCCAGUUCAGUGAGGUUUUCUCACCUUUCACUCACCCCUCCACCACCGUGUGCCAGCCUAGCUUUUGUUGAGCUCGUACCUGGAGUGUAUGACACGUUUAAGGUUGUCACUUUAGGCACAUUUUGUUAAACUGUGAUGUUCAGCGGCUCACCUGAACACAUUCCAAGUUUCAAAGGUGGCGACGAACCAUUUCAACAUUUUUUAUUUUUCUUCAUUUCAUGUGACAGACAUCCUGUAUGUUUCAACCAGGCAAUCAUUUCGUCAUGGGCUCAUUCUUUAUUCAUAUUCAAAUUCAGGCACCUUUGGAUGACAUUUAAGCUUCCAGACUUUUACAUGAGUUUCUGCUUUAUUGUGAAAGUUCUCAGAAUCUUCAGAAAUUAACUGACUAGUUUUUUCAUCGAUCCUUUUCUGCUCAUGAAGCCCCCCUUUCCUGGAUCUGGGUGUAUAGUCACACACCUAGCAAAGCAAAAACAAUCCAACCUGUCUUUACCUUUAGUUUUAAUGCAGACAGCUGAUGGAUUUUGAGUAAAAAAACCUACGGUUGUUUGGAACUCCUAAAAGCUUCAUCCAUUUGGAAAAUGUCUACAGAGCAUAACUCUACCACCAUCGUGUUUUACAGCUUGAGGAUUGGCAAUGAUGUCUUAUAUUAUCG